CAAGUCAAAACGGACAGAUAUUUUUGAGAUUAGAAAAACAUUUUUAUGUACAAAUCAGUAAUUUGAAGCUUCUUUUCUCUGUUGUAUAUAUAUAUUUUGUAAAUCAUUAUUAAAUUAGCCUUUAGCAAUGGACAACACGACUGAAGACUAUCGUAAUCAAUGGAAACACCAUUUUUUAGAUCACAUGAAAUCGAAAUUACAACCAAGUACCGGACAGGCAUGCCAAGAACAUACGAGUCACAUGAGCAAAAUACCCGAAUAUGAGAGCUACAAACAGCAACGCCGACAGGCACAACGCUCCAGCGGUGGGGAUGCAGAUCGGGCGCUCUACGAUAUGCCUUAUCCCGGUCACAGCAGUCAGGCCGACAGUUAUCGCGGCAGUAGUUACAACGAGAACGGCAACUUUAAUCGUCACUACCAGCCCAAAUCAAAGCAAGCGCCGGCAUUACCUUCGUCUAGUAACGCUAACUCACACAAAAUGCAUGGCAUGGACGCCAAUGUAUAUUUAUAUGAAACUGAUUCCAAUAUGGGCGGCGUUGGACCGGGUUCCGAGGAAAGUAAUAAAUCACAGAAGUCUUCAAAAACUGUGGUUAGCAAAAAGAGUUCACAAGACUUACGCAAGAUGGUUAAAUCGCAGUGUAAGCUACACGAAGUGAUUGAUGAGACUUUGAAACAAAUGUGUACUACCGAACCGUAUACUUACACUGAAAGUGUUAAUGCUAGCACGAAGGAACAGGCGGGGCAAAUGGGUUUGCAGAAAACACCGGGUUCGUGCAAGCGUUGCACCGAUAAAGUGUAUGCACGUUCAAGCCAAAAAGAUGUGAUGACUGAAAUGUCCAAAGGUGACUUUCUUGAAUGCCGCUCAGGUGAUACAUUAACUAUAUCGGUGGAUGAUGUUGUGAAUUCGAAAGUGAUUAAUCCGAUGAUACGUAAAUUACAACGCAUGUAUUUGAACAACUUGCGCGAAGAGAUGUCACUGAUGGAAGAUUUGGAACGUUUGCCACACAAAGUAAAUGAAGUUUACAAAGCCACCAUAUUUAAACAGAAAGAAUAA